AUGGCCUCUAUUGUAACGCGGGUCCCCAGGAGAGCCGUCUGCGUAGAGGCCAUGUGGUCCGACCAGGGCUGGACUGAGUGCAGCUCUGGGUCUUCAGAGGACAGAGUCGUCUGGUGUGGCAGGAUGUCCAACAUGAUCAAACUUUCGUACAACAGGAUUUGGGCCGCGGCCCACCACCUCCUCGGGGGCCUCCUGGAAGAUGAGUUCCCCGCCGUGCAGCCUCGCCCCCAGAGGGACCGCAUGCAGGUCUUCCAGACGCUGGCCGGCUUCUACCUGAAGUACCUGCAGAUCCUGCGGCGCCUGGAGGAGGUGUACGACCAGAUGGUGCACCCGCAGAAGAGGCGCGUGGUGCGCACCGUCCUGGAGGGGGUCAUGGGCAGGCUUCUGGAGCUCAAGAACGAGAUGGUGGAGCUGGAGUGCUCCGAGUUCCACUACUUUGAUGACAUGCUGCAGGACAUGAAGAUGACUCCUGCUGACCUAGAGGUGCCCAUCCCGCGCUACUUUGUCUGGGAGAAGACUCGUGUCCUGAAGGAGCGAGAGAGGAUGCUGGCCCACAUUCUAGCUAAAGGAGGUCACCUAGAACAGCAGGAGCAUGUGUGCGAGGGCGCGGUGCCUGUGCGUAUGUCGCUGGAGGAGGCGGUGCGGGUGAUCCAGGCGAGCGAGCGUGCGCGUCAGGGCCGUCUGAGGGCUGGCUUCAUGAGGGAGAUCCGGCGUGACGAGGGCCGCGGCAGCCAGCUGGUCCAGAGCCAGAGCACCUGCACCCUGGACCCCGACGCCGCCGCUGUUCGCAUCCAGAAGGUGUGGCUUGGCUACAGCCAGAGAAAGAGGACGAAGAGGGAGAGACUGGAGGAGCUGAUCUUUCUGGGAAUGGUGCCUCCCCAGAGGCCGGUGCCCAGUGUUGCUGAGCGGAGUGCCCAUCAGGUGGAGGAGGUGCGGAGGGGGGUGCAGGAGCAGCACGAGGCCGAGUACCAGAGGGCCCUGCUCAGCAUCAAGGAGUCCGUGAAGGCCGUGGAGGGAGCCGACAUCCGGGAGACGCUGCAGGAGCAGAUCAGACAGUGGUUCAUAGAAUGCAGAGAUGCGACGGGCAAGUUUCCAGACUACCCCAGCGUGGAAGACGGAGGUUCGGCGUUGAUAUUCGCUCAGAAAACACCGGAUCAGGUCGCCGCUGAAUUGGCCGCCAAGGAGGAGGAGAAGGAGAAGAAGAAAAAAGCAAAAGGAAAAAAGGACAAGAAGUCUGGAAACGAAAAAAAGGAAAAGAAGAAAGACAAAAAGGGAAAAGCGAGGCGAACGAAGGAGAAAAGCGAAGGAGAGGAGGCUGAGAAGGGCUGGAAAAUGACUCCAAGCAACUUUCUUCCCUCUGUGGUGCAGGGAGCCAAGAUUUACAGAGAGGUUUGGCAAGAUCGUGACGAGAGGCAGAACUUCCCUCAGCGUUUUGAUGCUCAGCUGGUGCGCGAGGAGAAACGUCUGGAGGUGGAGGAGGAGAUCAGAGUUCAGGUGGACGAGUUGAUGAGGCAGGAGCUGAAGAAUCUGAAGCUGGCUGUGGACAAGGACAAGGGCAAGAAGAAGAAGGCCAAGAAAACCAACAAGAAGAAAAAGAAGAAAGCAAAGAAGGCGGGAAAGAAAAAGAAGAAGAAGGAGAGGGACUUGACGGCAGACAGGACCAUUGAGUCGCUGUAUGAGGAGCUUGUUCUGGAAGGCCUUCUGAUCCGACCCAUGAACGUCAAGCUGUCCGACUACAUCGGUGAGUAUAGCUACCUGGGCACUACUCUUCGCCAGGUGGAUAUUGAGCCCAUGCCCUCCCUCUCCGACGUGCGCCAACUCAUGGCUCUCUACGGGAUCCUGCCCCUGGGCUCCCCGACAGUCCAUGAGAAGGCUCCCCUUGUCAGGACUCUGCUGCUGGCUGGUCCUCCAGGGGUGGGGAAGAAGAUGCUAGUCCACGCCCUGUGCACCGAGACUGGGGCCAACCUCUUCAACCUGUCCCCUGCCAACAUGGCGGGAAAAUACCCGGGAAGGAUCGGCCUCCAGUACCUUCUGCAUAUGGUGUUCAAGGUGGCCCGGCAGCUGCAGCCAUCUGUGGUGUGGAUCGGAGAUGCAGAGAAGACAUUCUACAAGAAGAUCCCCAAAAUGGAGAAGGACAUGGAACCCAAGAGGCUGAAGAAGGAUCUCCCAAAAAUCCUCAAGUCUCUCAAACCGGAGGACCGGGUACUGGUGGUGGGGACAACCAGGCGUCCUUUUGAAGCAGACCUGAAGUCGCUCUGUAAAGUGUACAAGAAGGUCAUCCUGAUCCCUCGACCUGACUAUGCAUCCAGACUAGUCCUCUGGAGAGACCUGCUGUGCCUGCGCGGUGCUCACCUCACCCCGUCUCUGGACCUGAGCUCGCUGGCCAAGGUGACGGACGGCUAUACCCAGGGCCACCUGCAGAGGGCAGUGCGGAGCGUGCUGACCCCCCACAGGCUGGAGCAGAUGGGACGCAGGCCCCUCACCGCCACCGAGUUCAUCCCAGCCCUCGCACGCCAGGAACCAGUCUACAAGGAGGAGGAGGAGACAUUUAAGACAUGGUACAGUCGAACACCACUGGGCAAGAGGAGACUAAGGGCCACCAAGAGCAUCGACGAUGAGAGUGACGGCGGGAAAAGCAAAGGAAUCAAGGCCAAGGGAAAGAAGAAGAAGAAAGAGGGGAAAGGAAAGAAGAAGAAGAAGAGUGCAAAGUAGCCCGUAGCAUACAGGUGGAUCACUAAACACUAGCCACGUUU